AAUGUUUAUUGUAUGAUAAUCCUCAAGUUAAUUCCUCCACAAAUACAAUUUUUUAAUUGUACAUGGAUGUUAUUGUGCGUGUUUAAAAAGACGUUAAGACAAUCGAUAAUUUCAAAUUUUAGUUUUAUUUUUUCAUAAUUUGGAGUGCUAAACUUCUUGUUAUCACAAUGGAUAAGCCCACAAAAAAAUGCAGUUUACAAAUUGACAAAUUUAAUUCGUCUAAAAAACAAUCCAUAUUGAUAUACAUUUCUUCUAGUGGGCUGCUAACCAAUAAACAACCAAACAUUUAACAAAAAAAGGAAAACUCCACACCAUUACAAAUCAAAACUAUAAUUAGAUAAUUGCUGUAAAUUAUUUCAAAAGACAUUUGUUUUUUUCACAUUUAAAUUUAAAAAGUAUAAUGAAAUUAAGAGAAAUCACAUGCAUAUUGCAUUUGCAUUCACUUAUAUAGUAGGCAAUGAGCCAAAUUAAAAAUCUUAUGCAAUGAAAACACAUCGUAUUGAAAACCUUGUAAAUAAUUCUAACGAUGUUGUUGAAACGUUGUAUUAGUUUAUACUCAACUUAACUGCUUUAAAACUGUAUGCCUCUCAAAAGGAAAAUCUACACAAUAGUAACUCGUUUUGCAAUAUACUUAUUUAAUAAACAUUUAUAUUCAAUUAAUACAAUAAGUGGAACAGUGUUGAUGAGUAGUGGAGAUGUCUUACAACAAAAUAUUGAACUUUAUCGUGGAAUAUCUGACAAAUUUGAUUGGACAAGAACUGGUAGAAUAUCUAUAGUAGGAACAAUUUUAGGAACACUGCAACAUUUUUUUUAUUGUCAACUAGACAAACAAUACCCUGGCAAAGAAAUGAGAAUAAUAGCAAGAAAAAUAAUUUUAGACCAAGUUUUAUGUACACCAGUUAAUAUAUUCAUUUUUAUUUAUGGCUUGGGUCUUUUAGAAAACAAUACGUGGACUGAAAUAAAUAAAGAACUCAAAGAAAAAUUCACAACUAUCUUUCUGGUUGAUUGUGGAGUAUUUAUCCCAACACAGUAUAUUAAUUUCAAGUUUGUUGACCCAAACUAUAGACUAAUAUUUAUAAAUGCAGUAUCUAUCAUAUACGAUACAUUUUUAUCAUAUAUGAAGUACUCACAUAACAAAAUACAAACUACAGAUCAACAAGAACAAACCUAAACAUUUUUAAUUUAGGCCAUUUGCAAGAAAAAAUAAUAUAAUUAAUAAAUAUAUAUAUUACAUGGUAAAAAAUUUCUAGUAGAAUU